AGCAUCUCAGUAUUGAGCGGUACGUGAACCAAUUGACAGCGAUCGUCGAGGAGGAGACUUUUUAGUGGCUGCAUAAAUACAUGAAUAAUUCAAACUCAAAAAACCCCAGCGGCAACAACAAGUUGGACGGCGACAACGUGACCUGCCUGUAGAGUUAUCGAUCAAACGACCGACCCGACCGAUCCACCGAUCUUCCGAUCUGAUCUACCCAUUCGAUUUUGGUGCCCUGCCCCGUUCAUCUGGCGUAUCUGACGUAUUCCAGUCCAGCUAACAGCAGCAGAAGCAGCAGCCGCAGCCACAAUACAAAGUUACCAAUACCCAAUACCCAGUACCCAGUACCCAAUAACCAAUACCCAAGAAAAAAAAACACACAAUAAAACAAUCAGAAAUCAGAAACAACUACAGGCGAAAUGUGCGGAGAAACAAAAAGAAAAUUGAAGACGACGACACGAGCGUAAAUCUUUUUAGCAUGAAAAAAUUCUAUAAAACUAACAGGCACUGUGUGGUCGGACAUCAUUCGUGCGCUACGACGGCAGACGACAGCCGCAGAUACAGAUACGGAUACAGAUACAGAUACCGAUACUGAGAUACAGAUAGCCGGUCGGACGGACAGGCCCUGAUUCUGAUUGAUUGAUUGCCGGGCCCCAACUCCAACUCCUGCCCAAAACCAAAGCAAACCCCAUAGCCAAACCCAAACUCGAAACUGAAAUUGAAAAUCAAAGUGCUGUGCAGCCCAGUAUCUGCAACAGCAACAGCAACAGCAUCGUCAUCGUCAUCGUCAUUGUCUAACAGCGGUCAGCGGUCAGCUUCCCAGCGGACAACGUCCAGUCGCCAAGCCAUCAAUCAGUCACCGCGUCAGUUAGUCAGUUAGUCAAUCGAAUCGAAAUCGGAAUCGGAAUCGCCCACCCGACUUCUACUUCUGGCUGGAGCUGGAACUGAAACUGGAGGAUAUCUUUGGUCGGCGCUUUAGUUUCAGUUCGCAUUUGGACGCGUGCUGUGCGGCCUCGCCGAUACAGAGAGUCGGAUCGGAGAACGCAAUUCUGAAUUCAAAACUCUGAAUCUGAAUCUGAACCUGAAGCAUAAUCGAAGUCACUAUCAGAAUCGUGCGCGUAUUAAUCUAUAAACGUAUCAAGAACCAAAACACUGGAGCACACACGUGUCUGAAGUUCAGUGACAAGCCCCAAAUCAAGCGUCUAUUCUAUAUUCUAUAUUCGAUUGAAUAUAUAUAUGGUACAAACCGUGAAAUCGUAAAACACUUUUAAUCAACUCGAAACCAAGCGCUGGCACGGCAUAAUUAAUUCGUCUGACCCGCAAAGUUCACGCCGAGCAAAUACGGUUGUGCGAAGUGUGCUCGAUAAAGUGCGAAAUAUCCCAGCCAAUCGCAAAUCUAAACUAACUAGUAACAACAUGAAGCUGAUUGCAGUAUUGUUGGCAGUGGCGCUGUUUGCCCUCUCGCUGGUCCAGUGCCUCAGCCUGCCCGAUCCCAGCACCAAGUGCGGCAUGGAGUGCGACACGCAGGAGUACGGAGCGAUUUGUGCCGCGGACGACAAGGGCAGCACCAAGACCUAUCGAAAUCUAUGCAUUAUGAAAACGGAGAAUUGCCUGCAGAACGCAAACUUUCAAAAGAUCAGCGAAAAGGAGUGUCCGUAGAGCUAUGGAUUCAUCCCUCUGUAGUCCAGCAGAAAAAACUUAAUCAUGGAGGAGAACGAGUGUACGCGGUUUGGCCUGCUGGAGGGCUCUUCUUUCUCGCGUGGUAUUUGUGUGUGAUAUUUUUAAGUUGUACUUCAGCGGAAUACAGAACACGCCCCGAACGUAAUGCAUAACGAUAAUGUAUUCUAUAAUUAUUAAUAAUAAAUAUUAAAUAAAGUAAUCGUAACACGCAAA